AUGGAGCCCGAGGUCGAAAAGAAGCGUGGAUCUCCCUCCCUACGAAGUGUUACUCAAGAAGAAGUCGCAAGUCAUGAUGAUAUCCCCAGUACGACGUGCAAAUCGAGAUACCACCGGUGGGCUAGGAACGUCAAGGGCCUUGAGACUCGCGGUAUUGAGCCCGUUCCGCUUGAAGAGCGUCUGAAAAACACCACCUCAACUUCAUUCCAUAUGAUGAUCACCUGGUUUAGCAUGGGAAUGGCAAUCAACACUAUCGUCGUUGGGUCAUUAGGAACGCUAGGGAUGAAGUUGAGUUUUCUUGACGCGGCACUCUGUGCAGUGUUUGGAAACAUUUUGGGAGCUAUAGCUAUUGGAUAUAUGUGUCUUUGGGGGCCCAAGAGUGGCCAUCGCACGCUUAUCGUGAGCCGAUACUUCAUGGGAUAUCACCCAAACAAGAUAUGUUGCUUCCUUAACGUGCUGACAAACUUGGGUUACUGCAUGAUGAACGCAACCAUUGGAGGUCAGCUUCUUUCUCAGCUUUCGGGAGGUGCUGUCUCCGUGGUUGUUGGGAUUAUCAUCGUAGCCGUCGCAAGUCUAGUUGUAGCCACGUUUGGCAUACACAUCUUCCAAUUUUACGAAAGAUAUGCCUGGUUCCCGCAACUGGUGGUCUUUUGCAUCCUGGUUGGAUCUGCAGGUCCAGAAAUGAAUUUCGGCGGUACGUCCUUUGGCUCGCCCGAACAGAUCAAUGCCAAACGGCUAGCAUUUUUCUCCCUCUGCUUUUCGACAGGUCUGUCGUGGGUACCAGGGGCUGCCGACUAUCAUGUCUAUUAUUCGCCAGAAACCGGGUCCUGGAAGAUAUGGUCCAUGACGGUUAUUGGGGUCGGUAUAGGCAUGAUUAUCCCUCUGCUCCUGGGGGUGGGACUUGGGACCGGUGUCUCUCACACUCCUAGAUGGGCUACUAUUUACGAUGGUUCUCCUGGAAGCUUGUUGAUAGCCGGAUACGACCGGUUGGGAGGGUUCGGAAAGUUCUGUGCUUUCAUAAAUGUUUUAUCAAUUGUGUCCAACAAUGCACCGGGCUCUUACUCGAUGGCAAUGAACUUUCAAAUGCUUGGAGAUAUAUGGCGCAACGUUUCCCGUCCCGUGUUCACGGUUGCCAGUACUAUCAUAUACGCCGCCUGCGCUAUCGGUGGGAGAAACUCUCUGUAUGAGAUUUUCAAGAACUUCCUCCCACUCAUUGGGUACUGGAUCGUUAUUUGGCUCACAAUCGUGGUGGAGCAGGAUGUCCUAUUCAACAGAGGCAGAGUAUACGACUGGACUGCAUGGAACAAUCCACGCAAGCUGCCUAUGGGGUUUGCUGCCACUGCAGCUUUUCUGAUCGGAUGGGUGGGAGCCAUUGUUGGCAUGGAUCAAGUCUAUUACACGGGUCCAAUCGCAAGUACCGUUUCUGGAGGCUGUGAUCUGGGUAUCUGGCUUGGGCUAGGAUUCGCAGCCUUUGCCUUUCCUCCUCUAAGAUUGCUCGAGUUGCGCAUUAUCGGCGUUUAG